CCAGUUGCGAAAGCUCCAACCAUGAUUUGUCAAUGGGAGUACAGAAUAAGGAUAACUUUCAACAUUUCCCACCUCCACCUUCACAUCUUGAGAUUAAUUCUGUGGAGCUUCCUCCAAAGCAUUCAGAGCACUCCAAGAUCAGUCAUCCCAGCUCAAGUGCUUUUGAAUUACAGCUUAACUCUGUUGAGAAGAAAACCAAUGGAAUUCAUCCUACCCAUGGAGUCAAUGGAAUCAUUAAUGGCAACACCAAAACUGAUAAAUCCCACCCUGGUGAAUUGCUUUCACCCACAAAAACACCACCACCUGUGCUUGCUAAGCCAAAGUUGGAUCCUUUAAGAAUUCAGCAGUUACAGAACCAAAUCCGGCUGGAAAAAGAAGCAGACCAGUGGUGUCAUCAGAAGCAAGCUAGUUUCCUCCAGAAUCUUCCCUUGUCCCCAACUUUUCUCCCUCCAUCCUCAUUCCAAGAACUUGAGUCCAGCCAUUGUCCUUCUCCUGUGCAAAUGAGUGUUCUGAACUCUCAUUCUUCUCCUGCCAUGCAGACAUCCAGUUCUUUCAACUAUGCUCGUCCUAAACAAUUUAUUGCUGCACAAAAUAUUAGUCCUGCUUCGAGCUACGUAACACAGGCAUCUGGCUCUUCCACAUCUAGUCUUCCAUCCCCAAUAUCUCCAACUGCUUCUCAGAAGCAGUAUGGUAAAACAUCUGCCUCUCCUUUUUCUCAGACAUUUGCUCCUGAGGAAGAGUAUCCAGGGUCUCCUUCCCCACCUCCUCCCCCUCCCCCUGUUUUUAGUCCUACAUCUACUUUUUCAGUGGAAGAUUCCUUUCCACUGCCACCACCUCCACCUCCUCUCCCAGCUUCUGUCCACUCACCUUCCUGCAGUUUUUCUCCAACAUCCAGAUUGUCCAGCUCUAAUCAGUCUCCAGCAGCCUUUCUCAGCUCCAUGCUACCAUCUCGGCCAUCUCCAAUGUCCGUUAAUGCAUUAGGACUUCCCAAAAGUGUUACACCAUCAUGUGUUAAAUUUCCAGCCAGUAUGGCCAAAGGCAACCCUGGAUAUGGCCAGAUUAAGGAAAAGUUAACAUAUGAGGAAAAGAUGGCUCGUCGAUUGCUGGGGGCUGACAAUGCUGCAACAGUCUUCAAUAUUCAAGAACCAGAAGAGGAACUUGCAGAGCAGGAAUACAAAGUCUCCAGUUUUGAGCAGAGACUGAUAAGUGAAAUUGAAUUUAGAUUGGAGAGAACUCCAGUAGAAGAAUCUGAUGAUGAAGUGGAGCAUGGGAAAGAUGUUCUUGAUAGCAGCCUGACACCUUGUUUUGAGACAAAACUUAAACACUACAAAAUAUUCGAAGGAAUGCCGGUCACUUUUAUAUGCAGAGUAUCUGGAAAUCCAAACCCAAAGAUCUAUUGGUUCAAAGACGGAAAGCAAAUUUCUAAAAGGAAUGAGCAUUACUCGAUGCAAAGAGAACCUGAUGGAACCUGCUCUCUCCAUAUCACUGCCUCCACCCUCGAUGAUGAUGGGAAUUACACUGUCAUGGCUGCCAAUCCACAGGGGAGAAUAAGCUGUACAGGACGAUUGAUGGUCCAAGCUGUCAAUCAGAGAGGACGCAGCCCCAGGACACCACCUAACCAGCCUCAUGUCAGAAGACCACGGUCUCGAUCAAGGGAUAGUGGAGAUGAAAAUGAACCAAUCCAGGAACGCUUCUUCCGACCACAUUUCCUGCAGGCCCCAGGAGAUCUGAUAGUUCAAGAAGGAAAACUUUGUAGAAUGGAUUGCAAGGUCAGUGGCUUGCCUACUCCUGACAUCAACUGGCAACUUAAUGGAAGAGUAAUACGUUCUGAUAAUUCCCACAAAAUGCUUGUACGGGAAAAUGGUAUACACUCCUUAAUCAUAGAGCCAGUCACAGCAAGGGAUGCUGGCAUCUAUACAUGUCAUGCCACUAAUCGAGCUGGCCAGAACACUUUCAGCCUGGAACUGAUUGUGGCAGCUAAGGAAGCACACAAGGCACCUGUAUUUAUAGAGAAACUACAGAACACAGGAGUGGCUGAGAGGUUUCCUGUGCGACUGGAAUGCCGGGUUUCAGGUGUGCCUCCACCUCAGAUUUUCUGGAAAAAGGAAAAUGAGUCACUCAUAUACAACACUGACAGAGUGAGCAUGCACCAAGAUAAUCAUGGAUACAUCUGCCUGCUUAUUCAAGGAGCUACAAAAGAAGAUGCUGGUUGGUACACUGCAUCAGCAAAAAAUGAAGCUGGGAUUGUUUCCUGCACAGCAAGACUGGAUGUCUAUACUCAGUGGCAACAACAGUCCCAAACCACUAAGCCAAAGAAGGUGCGUCCUUCAGCCAGUCGGUAUGCAGCACUUUCUGACCAAGGACUAGAUAUCAAAGCUGCAUUUCAGCCAGAAGCAAACCCAGGACAUCUGACAUCUGGAUUGGUAGAAAGUGAUGAUCUUUAAGUAUUAACUACCAGAUAUACCAUUUCCUUUUAAAACACUGAAUGCCAUGGUAUGGAUCAAUGAUAAUCUACGCCACUGUACGCAAGAUAGCCACCUCUAUGCGCAAAAGAAUCCAGCCACAUCUUUCUUGUCCAGUGUAACAAAUUAGGAGUUAGUAGAGAGAAAUGCAGUCUGCAUAUACAAAUCACCUUCACUAAAACCAUUUCUUAUUACAUUGUAGAUAAUACUGUUUUGAAUCAUCCUAUUCACAAGUGUUAAAUUGAGUGAAAUUUUGCAAAAAUAAAUAUGCUGCACACUUAUCGCUAAGUGCCUUUGCAGUUUGUAGGUGCUAUUAAUGCGUAAUGAAUAGAAGUGCACUAAAUAUAUAUAUAUUAGGAGUGCAUUAUAAUAAUAGUUCAGAUGUGCAAUACUGAAUGAGUAAAGCAAGAUACAAAAGGGAAGAGAAAUAAGUGAUGCUUUUGUGUUCAAAAUUGACUUUCUAGUCUCAAAGGAAACAGGAUAUGUAAGUUUUACCUUAAUUGUAUUAGGGCAGGUAAAGUAACCUUAUAUCAGAAGGCUUUGACUUUUGCCUGUGAUGCCUAUAAUAUGAUGCUUAGAUUCAUGUUACUUUUAUAACAGUGAGAUAAGAGAAAAGGCAAAAGUGGAACCUUUCUUAAAAAUGAUAUGUGAGCAAAACCUCAGUGCUUUUUAAAACAAUAUUGGAGAUCUGAUUGAGUAGAAUAUGUGAUAGAAAGGAAGAUAAGUAGGAGUAUAGAGUAAGUGGAAAAUGGGUUGAGUUUGCAAUAAGGGUUUAAAUAAUUUGCAUACCAUAGAGAAUAGAUAAGGAAAUGUUGGGGAAUACAAGGAAAUGUUACAUUUUAAACACCGCUUGCAUGUAUACUAGAGGUUACAAUUUUGCUGUUCUUGAUUACUGCUGUAUGAAUAGGAACCCUGCCUAUGGCUGAGAACUUGUGAAGAACUGAAAAUAGUUAACUGGCCAAAAAACUAGUUGUUUUUUUUCCAGUUAAUGGAUUUCACUUAGAUUAUAUUAAGCAAUUUUGAUUCAAAAUGAACUCAGUUGAUAGGGAGUAGAAGGCUAUUUCAGUUAGAUCUGAAAUGUUGUCCGAUGGUACAAUAAUACUCUGUUACAAAAGGAAAACACUGUAUUCCUUAUAUGAAGCAAGUUUAUUUAUAAUGAAAAAUCUGAAUGCUUUUCUCAGUUAUUCAAAUACAUACUUUUCGUAAAAAUAGGGGGGGGGGGUUGUAAUAUGCCGUGCCAUUUAUUUUGCAUUAACUGCUAUUCCUGUAUUGCUUUUGCCCUUUGUUAUUAAGUACACUAUUCAGAUUUAUAGUGACUAAUAAAAACUUUAUUACAAAAGAAAAUUACUUUUCUAUGGAAGCUUGUUCAGAUGGUAACAAUUCAACAAUAGGAAUUUGGCUUAUAUGUGUUGUCAUACAUGACUGUCCUAAUGCUCUGGAUCUAGACAAUUUAAUCCUCGCCCAAUUGUCAAUGUGACUUGCUUAGCUUAAUUACUAUUUUUUUAGCUUAACUAGUGACAAUUUGCUUCUUCUUUUUUUGUAUUUAUAAAUCUGUACAAGCAUACUAUUUUGGAUUAUUGAGCUAGCAUCAUAAGGAUUUGAUAUCAAUAAAUAUUACACAAAUUUCAGGAAAAAAUGUAUUUUCUUGCUAAUAAUUCUUAAUGAGACUACAAAGAAUAAAACAGCCUAUUAGAGGGUUGUUUCAUAUAAAAUGGUGAGGUUUACUUCUAAGUUGUAGUUUAAGAUCGUACUGCAGAUAGUCCUUGCUUAAUGACCACGUUGGGACCAACAACUCAAUUUUUAAGUGAAGCACUCAUUCAGCGAAACAUCAUUAUUUUAUUAUUUUAUUUCAGUUUUCUUUUGUUUCACAAAACUGCAAAAAUAGUAAAUGUGAAGAGAGCUUAUAACGUUAUUUUUAAAAUCAUCGUCAUAACUGCAAGUAACCACUGAGCGAUCAGUCUCUAAACAAAGACUACCUUUAUAUACUUCUUAAUUCUGUUGAAGAUAAUUUCUUCUGAUGUUUCCUUUAAUAAGUUAUAAUAACAAGUGGGAGUUCCAAUUUAAAAAUGCAUGCAAUUUUUGCCUUAUUCUUUAUGUUUAUGACCCUUGUGUUCUGACCCAGCUUUCGCAGAAGCAAAAAAGCAGGCUGCCCACAAAGAAAAACCCCUCUUUAUUGACACACCGGGAAUUAACUGCAUUUACCAACAGAAAGUCCAGGCAAGAGUCCUGCAAGAAAUUAACUGAAACAAUAGUCCUUAUGAGCUUGUUAUGAGAAAUGCAAGGAUAUAAACUCCCAGCUGAGAGAAAUAGACAAACUUCACUUCUGGCAAGGCUGCCUUUGUCGCACGAAACACACAAGGAGCAAACUUUCCAGAAAUGCCAACGGUUGUCUGUGACAACCAAAUCACUCCCUUUUCCUCCUAUUUAUUACCCAGUCAGGGAGGGGCCAGUCAGCGUCCACGUUUGUUUUGCUUUCCGAGUUGGUUCAUUGUUCGCCUCACCUAUCUGCUCUGUGCAUACGCGCAUCUAGAACAGGCCCCAGCUGUUUCUUCUCCUUGCUCAUCUCUGACUCCAAAGGCAGCUGCCUCUCUGGCUGGGAAAUGCCAGACAGCCCAAGCUCUAUCUCUGUGUCCAAUGCUGAGCAUCCACACGAGCCUUCCCCAGGCUCCAGAACUGACACAAAUUCUUCCCCAAUCUUCUCAUCGUCCAAGUCUGCAGAAGCUCCACUGGCUGCUGGUGGGCCACAACCCGUAGCAGCAGCCCCAUGUCAUUUGGAUUAGAGGUAGUGAACCAGUAGUGGCAUUUUUGCCUGGGUUGCAGAACCGGCAGCAACCCAGGCUUGCCACGCCCCCGAACCGGUUCCCUCACUGCCGCUGAUGUUUCCACCAUGUUGUUUUAUAGUGACCGCGAGCGUGCAGUUCACUGUAAAUUGUUCUGCGCAGGCGCAAAGAACAAUAUACAUUGAACUGUGCACACAUGCAAGCAAAGCGAGAGCAUGCACACAAAACAUGCACGAAACAAACCGGUAGUAAAACCGGCAGCAACCCACCCGAUUUGGAUGUUUGACAACUGACUCACAUAACAAC